GAUAUUGCAUUCAGUCUGAACGCGGCCUCCACGAAAGUGACCCAGUUCUCUUUAAACCCCUCUCUCAACGCAUCGCAUUGAAAAUGGAACAUCGAGACUUUCCUAUGCCCGAGAGGCGGCGGUUUGGAUCCACGGACAUCAUGGUGCCGGAGCUGUCCUUUGGUGCCUCCGGUCUGGGUCUCGUGAAAGAAGGAAGUGCCGAAGAGGAGGAGGCUGUGGCCGCCGUCCGCAACGCCCUUCGCUGCGGAGUAAACUACUUUGACACGGCUCCUUGGUACGGUCAGGGCAGAUCCGAGGAGGUUCUCGGGAAGGCGCUGCAAGGUUUGUCCCGAGACGCAUUCUACGCGGCCACAAAAGUGGGUCGCUACGAGCCAGAGUGCGAUCGCAUGUUCGACUUCAGCGGCAGCCGGACGCUGGAAAGCGUCAGGGAGAGCCUGGAGAAGAUGAAGCUCACCUACUUCGACGUUGUCCAAGUUCACGACGUCGAGUUCGCACCUAGUGUGGAUGUGAUUGUCAAUGAGACCUUACCGGCCUUGGAAAGUCUUCGGUGCGCCGGAAUCAUUCGGUACAUAGGAAUCACCGGCUACCCGCUGCACGUGUUGAGAGAGGUGCUCCAGAAAAGUUCCAUCCGAGUGGACACAGUCCUCAGCUACUGCCGCGGCACGCUGUUCGACGACUCGCUGGCCGACUACUUGCCAUUCUUUCAGAGCAUGGGACUGGGCGUGGCCAACGCGGCCCCCCUUGGCAUGGGCCUGCUGACGUCAUCGCCACCGCCUGCCUGGCACCCUGCAGCUGAGGACCUCAAGAAGGCCUGCGCUGAGGCCGCCCAAUUCUGUAAGUACAGAAGUGCUGCACAAAAAUAUUUCCUGCUUGAGCACGGUCCGCAAGGAAGAAGAGAACAUCGUCCACGACCUCAAGGCAAAGUUCUUUCGGAAGCCAACGAGCAGCCACUGGGAAGGCGUGGAGGUCGGCAAGAUCCGGCGGAAACUAGCCCAGCGCCGCUCCCAGCUUGCUCCGCAGGAACCUUGCCUCUCGGCAGAGUGAAUCCACGGCCGAGACGACGAGAAGGUCACGCGUUAGAACAACGCUUAGAGAAAAAACCCUCAUCGCCGGUGAAUCACGUGACAUCGGGGCGUGUGCUCGGUCUUGUUGUUCGAGGAAUCUGUGCACUAUUAGCCGCGAUUGCACUUGCGUAUGUUGUUUGAAAUUUUUUUUCUAAACCUUCACCACAUCAUUCAGCCUGCCUGGACUCAUCAAAUCUCUUCAGCGACAAACUCUCAAUACCAACCACGACUCGGCACUGGAGCGAACUGAACAUGCUUUCAUCCUUUGACGGGGUAUCGACACUUCCCCUUUGACAAAUCUAACGCGAAUAUAAUAAUCAGAAAGUUGUGUAAGAGAUAAUCAAAAAAUAAUUAUUUAAGAAAACAAGACAAUAUGGGUGCCUCUAUCACUGAUACUCUGGCAGAUAACUUUGGCCAUUUUUUGUCACUCAGUACCGAAUGUCAUGUUUAAAGUCUUGUUGAUUGUUUUGCGUCGUCAGUGAGAUCUUGCAUCAAUAAUUACUUUCCAUUAAAAACAAGAAAGGUAAAUAACAUACUUCCUUGGAUUAACCGGGAUAUCUUGCACCUGUCAUGCGGAGCUGGUAGACCACGUAAAUCAAAGAAUUCUAAUCCUGUGCUUCGCGUUCCUUUUGAAAAGCCAAGGAGGAACUUCGUACUCGUACUAAAAAUGCUAAAGAUUGAUAUGUUUCAGUCCAACUCCCCUAUACUACCUAAAUCAAAUCCUCGCAGGUACUGGAAAUCAGUUUUACCUAGUGCAACUUGCAGUACCUCUUUCAAGAUUAACGACGCUAUUACCAAUGACCCCACCGUAGUUUGGAAAGCUUUUUACUCGUACUUCCAAUCAGUUUUCACGCUCGAUAACCAUGUAGUCCCAAAGUUAAUUAUGAUGUACAAACUAAUAAAUUAGGCGAUAUCGUAAUAAGUUCUGACGGUGUCUUAAACCUACUCUCGAAUGUUGACACUAAAAUGUACCGGUUCAGAUAGUAUACCGAAGUCUUUUCUUAUAAGGUACUCCCUAUGGACCCAGCUCAGUACCUUACUGUAACCUUCCAGAAAUCCUUAUACUGUGGUGAAGUACCAACUAAAUGGAAAACAGCCAAAUUCCUGCCUUUGUAUAAAUCAGGCGAUAAACAACUCUCUAACUACAGGCCGAUAUCUCUCACAACCCAGUCAUGCAAGAUGUUAGAGCACAUUACUCACAAACAUAUAAUCGAAUUCCUUAACUGUAAUGAUGUUCUAACAUCUGCCCAGCAUGCUUUCCGUCGUGGUUAUAGCACAGUAACACAAUUAGUCGAUUUCGUUCAUGAUACCAUGUUUACCCUGGACAUAGGUAAUCAAGUGGAUGCCAUCUUUAUUGACUUCUCUAAAGCUUCUGACUCUGAAAUUUAUUCUACUUGUAAAGUUACGCCAUAUUCACUAAUCUCUUUUGUUUCUUGGAUAGCCAGUUUUCUUGGUUAUCGCUCACAAUUUGUUUCUUUUAACUCAGUGGAAUCAACUCCUGUCGACGUUACGUCAGGCGUUUCUCAGGAACCCGUAUUAGGCCCUUCAUUAUUUCUAAUAUAAAUAAGUGAUUUAACUCGUAGCACCUCAACUAAAAUCAGACUUUAUGCAGAUGACUGCGUAUUAUACGAAUCUAUUAACUUCAUUGAUGAGAACCACCGUCUUGCCCAAUCUCUUACUCUUUCUGUUCUUGGUAAAAAUGUGGAAAUGAACAUCAACUGUAGUAAAACACUCAGGAUGUUAUUUGCCAUUAAACGGAGCCCUCUCUCGUUCGAUUAUACUCUGGAUGGCAUCCAACUUAAAAGAGUGUCUCAUUAUAAAUACUUAGGCGUCAUUCUAACAGAACAUCUUUCUCGGUCUAAACACAUCAAAUAUAAACGGGAAAUCCCUCAAAAUUAGGUUAUUUGCGCCGCACUUUAGCUAAGACCCUCCGCAAUACUAAACUGCUAUUAUAUAAAGCGUUAAUUCUCCCUGUUCUAGAAUACGCAUCUGCCGUUUGGUUCCCCUACAAACACUGAAAUAAGCUCGCUAAAUAACGUUCAAGAAAAAUUUAUCCGUUUUAUUUGCCAAACUUUCAGCCGCUGUUUCUCACCAACACGAGCUCAACAGUCUUUGAACAUUGAGCAAUGACAUUCCCGUUAUUACAUUGAAGCCUUAAAACUUUUAUAUGCAAAUAUACCUCCCCCUUUGGUCUUCCUGACUGUAACUAUAUCACAUUUACUAACGCAAGUUGUACCCGCAGCUCCCACGCCUUGAACAUAACACCUAUUUAUGCCCGUACUAACACAUUCAAGUAAAGUUUUUUUCCUCGUACAAUGGAGCUUUGGAAUUAUCUGCCCGGUAACAUUCGUUCACUAUCAUUAAGAGAUUUUAUAGCUAUCACUGGUAAGCACUUCGCUAACAUGUAAAGCACUUCUUUUUGAUCAUUCAUUUUUUUUGUAUAUCUGUGUUUUUAAAGUGUAAUGUAUAGCAAUGUAUAUUGUUCCCACUCCUGCUAUAGCCAUUUAUUGGGCUGCAGUAUAUGAUAAUAACUAAAAAAUAAAUAAAGGAGCUUCUAGUAA